UCUCCUUUUGCUCUCUUGGCGAUCUCGUCUUUCUGCGAAGGUCGGAGCUGCUCUCCGACGAAAGGACAAAGCUUCGAACGAUCGUCGGCUGGGAGCGUGUGGAGUACGACCGCUUCAUCCCGUUCCGAUCGGCGAUGGACAUGGACUUCGCGCGCUGUGCUCUAACCAUGCCUUCCAGACCUCAGCGUGAUGGUUCGAUAGAAUCCCCAUCGAGUGUGGCGUACCAAAAACUUCUUGUUCAAUGUAUUUUGAAGAACAGAUCUCGCAUCUUCGCAUUCAAGAGUGCACCCGAAUCACCGGCCGACAAGGUGUCCCAAUUUGACGAGGACAAUCGACCGCACAAGAAGCAACAGAGGCGAAUCCCAAAAGAUGCAGAUAGGGUUUUGGCUGCUUAUGAUAUCUUAGAUGAUGAUAGGUUGAAUCUACUCGACUGGGGAAGCAAUAACGUGUUGGCGAUUGGCCUCAAUGACAAAGUGUGCCUAUGGAAUGCUGCGAAUAAGUCUAGUACGGAGUUUUCACGAGCCCUAGAAGACAACAGCCCUGUCACUAGCAUCAGCUGGUCCCCAGACUGACACGGACUUAGCUGGUUUUGCCUAAGUCGUGCGGCACCCUUGCGCGUCGGUCCGCAAAGGUCAGCCUCCCCGAAGCCUCCCAUUGUCCCUUAGGACCAACAAAAGAGAGAACGGGUUAAAGAGAACGCCUCAAACGGGAUCCACAAGCAAACAUGUCCGAAAAACACUUCAUAGACAAAGCAAAUUACAAACAGACUUUACAAGCUCUGAACAGUGGCACAACAAAGGGUAAAAUGGUCCAUUACAGACCGAAAAGCUCUCGCACGUGUCUACAUGACACAACCUUUAUUUACAAGCCUAAAGAGGCCACCAACCCAACUAAAAUGGGCCUAUUAAGCCUUCGGCCGCCCCUUUACAUUCUGUACAAGGCAUGAACAUGCCAAACGACACGGACAUACAUAAGCAUUACAUCAAACAUCUUGUUUAGAAGUUUGUCCAUGACAUUCUCCCCCACUUAUCCCUUCGACGUCCUCGUCGAAGCCUUUGUGAACACUGCAACUCUUCGCCUUUGCUGAGUCUUCAAUCUUCUGCUCCAGCUGCAAUGCGCCUCCUAGCUCCCAGCCGCUCUCCGCUGUUGUUUCUGAGUAGUCGAACCUUUGAUCCGCCAUGCUGCUUCAACUCGCCAAUGACUCUGACUCUGGUGUGGGGUUGGCUGAGUUGUGUUGAUCCUCGUUGAUUCCUACGGAUCCACCAAAAAUGCAGGAAAAGACCAUCCUUACUGCGUCAGUCUCUCAAAAAUUCCACAUGCUGCUUGAACUGGGUGGAUGCUUGUUGGAGCUUUAACGAGCAUCGCCUCGCAAACUUUUGAAGUUUUGGGUCCUUCCUCCACAACAUCUGCUCAUUGACUCUUCUUUCAGUUAGUUGUCACAUCCAAGUAGGUUCGCAUCACUUCCGCUUUCGAUUGGCAUUUCGUUGGGAAAUGAAGCGGACAAUCUACUCUCAGUAGCACUGAUCACCGUUGGUGAGGAUUUGACAACUAUUGUCUUCCAUUAUCUUCGAAGGGUCUUUGAACUUGUGCAGAGCUCCUCUGCUGGAUAGAUAAGAGAAUUGGGGUACUCGGUUUCACCCAUUCUCCUAAGAGUUGAGAAGGCAAAGGUUACUUGACUUCGCCCGCCUCCUCGAGGUUGUACUUCAUGCAUCGAGCUGGUUACUAGCCUUCGCUUGCUCUUUGCUCACACUUCUGAAGCACUUGAAGUGUUUGCACUCCUUGCAUUGAGUUAGCUACUGUGAUUCACCUUCUCAAUGUCGUUGAACUUCUGGAAUGCAGGAAGUUUUCACCCCAACUUGGAGUAAUUCUCUGAUAGAUGAGGUCGCCUCUAGGAUUGUACCGUCUUCUCCAUCAACCCUACCGCCUACUCCACUGAGUAGCAAAGGUACAGCACCGCGUACUGCUUGCUUCGUUCCUUGGUCGUGCACUCUUACAUGACCCGAAGUCCUUCACUAACGGCUAUCUUGAUGAGAAACUUGUUGACACCGGUCUUACGAAGUUUCUUGGCCUCUGCCCUUCAGCCUUGUCUCGGUACUUGGAGAUUGCCUCUGCAUGCUCCACCUCCUCGGCCCCUUUCACGACCAAACACUCCCCCUCCAUGAGAGUAAGGGAUCAAUGACCUUCACGGAAGUCCCGCCUCUGCGGUACCAUGGCGCUGCCAUGCCCAUGGCACUACUAUCCGUCGCCUCGCAUCUCCAUCCCUUUUCUUCACAAUCAGUAGAUAUGCCUCCGUGACACUCCUCCAAGUCCACCUCCAUUCUAACUGAUUGCUUGAUUUUGGGUAGCUAAGUCCCUCUGGACUCGUCGUCGCUUCCUCGCCCCUUUCGACCCCCUACUUCAACACCUUUGUGUUCUCUAAGCAGUCUGUUUGGUCGAUGGAAAGACAGACUGCAACUCCCAUGCCUGGCCUCUGCCAUCAUGUUGUAGAGUUUGCACCGAUUCUGUUCUCCUUAGCUUCCUUGGUAGCAACGUUCGCUUACUCGACCUUGUCCUCUGACUUGUCGGGCUCCCUUAAGCGAAUAUGAGCUCUGGAGCAGUCCAACUCUCUAGCUGCUUCGAUCAUACCUCUGCAUGAUCAAGUCCCUCCCAUGGAACUCACUGGUACUUGCCUUCGAACUUUUCCCUUAGUGGAACACAGCCCCCAUAUGCUGAUGACCAAGGUUUUCGUCCGAUGCAAAAUUCGAUGCACGCACGGAAGACCCGCCUCUGCGGUACCAUGGCCUUCACUCCUUGAAUCCAUAGCCCUUCUUGCCGUCGUGUUGUUCACCAAAGCGGAGCUCCCAGUAGCUCCCGAUCAUACCUCCAUAUGAUCUCAUCCCUCAAGGGACUUUGUCGUGUGUGUCGCAUUGCCACGAACUGUUCCACCACGAUCCGCUGCACCAUGUCGCCUCCUGGUGACAUCUCCAUUGCAUUCUGAUCCUUGUGGAAUAAACUCGAAUUGUGAACCCUCCAUGUGUGGCCUCUGCCAAUACAUCGCAGGGUCUCCUCCACCUUCGAUUUUGUUCGCUCCUUUGGCAAUCGACCUUCAUCCACCCACUCUUGGGUCACACCUAGAUGAAGCACCGCUCUAGGACAGUCCGUCGCCUAGUAGCUCCCGAAGUCCACCGACUUCGCUGUAAUUUGUGCACCAUUGCCUGGAUCCUGGGCCUCUGCCCCUACCAGCACAAUCUCCGCUGCGCACUGCUUCCUUCAUGGCAACUUAAAUGGCAACACUGUGGCAUAUUCUUCAAGAGUACCCGCCUCUGCGUCCUCUUGCCCCGUGCUAAGGCCUUCUGAACCCAACUUCGCCUCCGCAAAUUGAGUCGCCUUAGUUCCUCCAUCAAAUGCUCCUCCGAGAUAAGGUGCAUGUGCCCAAAAGCUCCCUUCGUCUUUGGCACCAUGCAAGAUGAGUCCACUCCGUCAGAAUGGAGGACCCAUGGAACAACAUGAUCCUGCUCUUGCCUCUACAAGAGUUCAUGUCCUUGACCUCUGUCUAAGGAAAGCACUGUGCCUCUGCUCCAUGUUCCAACUUCUCUGCUGGCUCCCUUCAUGCGGCUUGGGUACUUCGCCAAGUUACACCCAAGUUGCUCCGCUCCUCGUUUUUGCAUUGAGUCGAUGGUGGCCCUCGCGCCCACUAUUCCACGGGUCAACCCUCCCUUGAGUCCAAUCUCCAUAUCGACUCUAAGUGUGCCUUCAUUUAAGUUGCUUCAGGUCGCUCCCCCACUUGAUCUCGCAAUGCAUCCACCCAUGCAUUCUCUCGAGCGAGAUCAUGUGACAACUCCUCGCUGCUUGCUCGGUCCAUUGAGCUUCGUGGAGUUGUUGUUUGUGAGGUACUCCUCCUCAACAUGUGAAGUCCGUCUCACAUGAUUCUCCCUCUGGAGAGCCGAGACUUAUCCCUCCUGGAUAACUGUCCCGUUGGAGCAAUAUCUCUCUUCGUUUCGGAGACCACCAUCCCCUUGGACUACUCCGAUCUGCUGAACAAACUGUGCAUUGUUCUGCCUCUUGCAAACGCACUUGCUAGAUUGCGCCUUCACGUCAAUACAGCCACCGCUGCACCCCUCAAGGCUUAGCAACAUGCUGAACUCGUUGCACACUUCAGCCUCCUCCGGACGUAUCCUUCGCAUGCCGAAGAGAAAGUUUCAAUGCUCCAUGGCGCCGAGUCUCGACCGCCUUGGGAUGGCCACGAACAAUCCAUUGUCCGCAUACAAGCCCAUGCAUGAGUACCGAAUUUUUCGAGUUAGCAAUUCCCCUCACCUCUGUGAGCUUUGCACAACUCUUUCGGUCGCUGAGCAACUCAUUCCACUUUGCAUGGUCUCGUCCUUUUGCCAAGCGCCUCGCUUGCCAUGAGCACCAUCAAGUAAAGUUGUCAACGUUGAGCCGAAGCUCAAACUCAGCCAUCCCAACCUUUGUGCGCUCCACAUUCUUCCAAGCUUGCCUGUUCUCGUGGUGCCUCUUGCGCGAAGGGUUGGCCAUUCCUCUGAAUGCCAAUGUUAGAUGCCCGCUCCUCUGAGCGACUCUUUUCCCUACAUCUCCAUGCCCGUUUUCCCUCAAACGGUCGCGCGUUGCUGACUGCCCUCAACGCAGCCCCGCUAGGUCCCCCACGUUUGCAUGUCAAGUGUUUCUAUGAGUGCUUGUCCCGCUCUGAUACCAUAUGACACGGACUUAGCUGGUUUUGCCUAAGUCGUGCGGCACCCUUGCGCGUCCGUCCGCAAAGGUCAGCCUCCCCGAAGCCUCCCAUUGUCCCUUAGGACCAACAAAAGAGAGAACGGGUUAAAGAGAACGCCUCAAACGGGAUCCACAAGCAAACAUGUCCGAAAAACACUUCAUAGACAAAGCAAAUUACAAACAGACUUUACAAGCUCUGAACAGUGGCACAACAAAGGGUAAAAUGGUCCAUUACAGACCGAAAAGCUCUCGCACGUGUCUACAUGACACAACCUUUAUUUACAAGCCUAAAGAGGCCACCAACCCAACUAAAAUGGGACUAUUAAGCCUUCGGCCGCCCCUUUACAUUCUGUACAAGGCAUGAAUAUGCCAAACGACACGGACAUACAUAAGCAUUACAUCAAACACCUUGUUUAGAAGUUUGUCCGUGACAAGACGGCAAAGUUCUAGCUGUGGCAUUAGGCAAUUCAGAUUUAGAUCUGGUUGAUGCAGCAACAAGACGUGUGUUGGUUGGGGUGACAG